AUGACGGCUCAGAGACCGAACAUCAUCUUCAUCAUGGCUGAUGACCAUGCUUCCAAGGCGAUAAGCGCCUAUGGAGCUGGAAUCAACCACACCCCCAAUAUCAACCGCCUAGCAACAGAGGGAAUGAAGUUCAACCACUGUUACGUCACCAAUUCGAUUUGCACGCCUUCGCGAGCGGCUAUCCUGACGGGAACACAUAACCAUGUAAACGGCGUUAUGACGCUGAACGACAACAUCAACAAGCACCUACCGAACGUCGCGAAACAUCUCAGAACUGGUGGCUACCGCACGGCCAUGGUGGGAAAGUGGCACCUGGGCGAGGGUAAGGCAAACGAGCCGACGGGCUUCGACUACUGGUCCGUCCUACCCGGCCAAGGAGACUACUGGGACCCCGAGUUCAUCGAACCAUCCGGCGAAAAUGUCGAAGAAGGCUAUGUCACGGAUAUCAUCACUGACAAGUGCCUCGACUGGAUCGCAAAGACCAAAGACACCGAGAAGCCCUUCUUCGUCAUGUGUCACCACAAGGCACCGCAUCGAUCGUGGGAGUGUGACGACAAACACAAGAACCUGUACACCGAUCCGAUUCGCGUUCCCGAGACAUACGACGACGACUACAAGAACCGUGCCAAGGCGGCAAAAGUUGCCAAGAUGCGCGUCGCCGAGGAUUUGACGUACCAGGACCUGGGCCUCGUACAGCCGGACGGCGGAAACAAGGUCGGCGAGCGCGUGGUUCAGGAGUCCGGCUCUGCGCAGCGCAAGAUCCCGACCGACGCCAAGAAGCUGAUCGACAAGGAGGACGGGACGGUGUUCACGUUCAGAAACGGCGACGAUCUUGCGCAUUUCAAGUUUCAGCGGUAUAUGCAGCGCUAUCUUCGCGUUAUUCAGUCUGUUGACGAUAACGUUGGGCGGAUGCUGAAUUACCUCGAAGAUAACGGUCUAGCAGAGAACACGAUAGUCAUCUAUACGUCGGACCAGGGCUUUUUCCUGGGUGAACAUGGCUGGUUCGACAAGCGCUUCAUGUACGAGGAGUCUUUCCAGAUGCCAUUCCUCAUUCGAUACCCAGCAGUAAUUGCGAAAAACUCCGUUUGCAACGACAUUAUCUGCAACGUCGACUUCGCCCCGACAUUCCUGGACUUCGCGAACUUGCCGGUACCAAGUUACAUGCAGGGCGUGUCCUUCCGACAACUUGUGCACGGCAAGACGCCGGCAGAUUGGCAGCAGAUCGCAUACCAUCGCUACUGGAUGCACAACGACAUCAUUCACCAUGCUUACGCCCACUAUGGCGUCCGAGACCAACGAUACAAGCUGAUUUACUGGUACAACGAGCCUCUGGACAUCGCUGGGGCGAGGCCAGGCGGCGAGAACGAUAAGGAAUGGGAGUUGUUUGACUGCGAGAAGGAUCCGUUGGAGCUGUUCAACGAGUAUCACAAUCCGCAGUACGCGGAAGUUGUGAAGCACAUGACAGAGUUGUUGGAGCUGAAGAUGGUGCAGAUCGGGGAUGAACCUGUUCAUCCAAGGCUUGGUGCGACGAGUGGGUCGGUCGAGCUGGCGAGUAAGUUGUGA